AUGCCAAGUCUGGCAGCACUUCCAGAUGAGCUGCCGAUCCAUCGUCCCACCCAUUGGGAACAGGUUCCAGGCUUAUUCCCAGAUACCACACAGCUGCUGCCAAUGGCAGUCCCUGGAGAGACGAAUGCCGCUUCUGGCUCACAAGUGGCCCGCCUCGGUAGAUCGUUUGCGCAGAUCGCAGCAGAGGCAGACAGUUCCAUGGACGAUAACGAAGGUGAUAGCUUUGCAGUUAGUCGUCAUCGCGCCAUGUUGCAGGAGCGCAUUGUACGUCUUCAGCAUGAGCUCAACCUCACUGAGGAUAUGCACGUUGCAAACCUCAAUGCCAGCUCGACCGUGUUCCAAAUGGGGUACAUUCUGAGGGACAUUCGUGGCGAGGCGUAUCGCAGCAACUGA